AGCCUGGUGGAGCUGUGCUGUUCGACAAAAGGGUAGAGUCAGUGGAAAAGGGAUGGAAGGAGGUCCUUCAAUAUUUCUGGCUGAUUCCACCAUUGGUGUUUGCUUAAUCCCGCAGUUUUGGUUGGAUGAUUUAGUGCUGAUAAGGUUUUGUAUUUUGCUCCUCCCUCACACUCAAGUUGAAACAGGUUAGUAUAUUCAGGAGUGUACAUACUGGAGACCGUGAAUUAGAACAACUCAACUGUCUAUUUGCCAAGGAUUACUGUGGAGCUGCUCUAAAAAUAGUUUAUAUUUCUCCUGCCUGAAUACUUCAUUUGAAGCUUUUUUAACUUGAGGACACAAUUGAAUAAACAGGACCAAAGAAACAAUCCAUUGGAGAUGGAAAGCAAAGAUGAAGUCAGUGAUUCUGAUAGUGGAGUCAUUCUUCAGUCAGGGUCAGACAGUCCUCAAUCAGUGAUGAAAGAUCGGUGUUGUUCAGUUAUGUUACGUAAGCAAAUGCUGGAGGAAUCACUUGAGGCCUGCUUAAAUGAACUGAAGCAACUCUGUUUACGUGAAUCUGAGUUGACAGGAUAUUUACCAAAAGAGUAUCCUUUAGCCGAAGGAGAGAAACCACCCACUGUCCGCCGACGUAUUGGUACAGCCUUUCAGCUGGAUGAACAGACAAUUGCUUGCAAAGGAGAGGACUCUGAACUUGACUGUCUGGAGCGAGACUUUGCCUUGCAAUUACAGCUUGUGGAGGCAGCCAAGCGCCUUUCCCAAGAAGGAAAUUUGAGCAGACACAUAAGGAAACAAAGAAAACAUGCCUAUAAAAAAGAACAAAUUAAGCUUAACGCAAUCAAAAAUGCCAUAAAUAAUCGUAAAGCUAUAACUGGUGGAAGAACAGCACAGUUAAGUAAUAUGGUUGAAGAACUGAGUGCAUCUGAUGACAGCUCUCUGGAAGAUGAUGCAAGGCAGCUCCACAGCAGGUGUUCAUCUACAGAAUUCUUGUCAGCUACUCAUGAAAUGCAGAGGAGUAACUCACCACUGCUUCUUCUACAGUCCAGCAGACCAACUCCACCCCAGAGUCUGGAAGGACUUGCUCCAGGCUGUUAUCAGGGCAGUGACUAUGACAGAUCACCCAUUAUGGACAGAGCAUGGGCAGAAUCUAAUCUGGAUGAACCAUAUGAGAAAGUGAAAAGACGUCCCUCCUUAAAUUGCAAGUCAAGCAGUCCAGUGGUGACCCCAUCAGAAUCUGGUAUGAGUGAUAUCUCCCCUUUCCAGCAUUCUGAAAUGAGGAGCAGUCCCUAUCAGAAUCAAAUCUCAGCAAGCGCACCACCAACACCAGAAAUGAGGGGACGCAUCCCCCAUCCAGCAGGCAGAUAUAUGGAUGUGAGCCCUUUUCCAGCAACUCCUGAUCAAAGAGGUCGCAGCAUGCAUCCCCAGAGGAGAACGUCAAAUUAUACUAUUAUUGGGCCAGAUUAUCGUGCUGGCGGGAAUAAAGCCAAUGGGAGUUUACACAUGAGGCCCUAUUCUUUGAGCGGAUAUGCCAGCCCAGAGCCUAAUAGCUCUGGAACCUCAACUCCAACCUAUAUACCAUCACACCUUAACUAUAAUGCUGCAGUACCCAGAUAUUGGCAAGUGUAUAAUUUGGUUGAAAACAUGGAAACACCUGUCUUACCAGGUAAAGGAUUUUACCAGUAUAAUCCAAGCCAACCUUUCAAACAUUAUAGAGCAAUUGAUCACAGAGAGGGAAAUGCAAUGGGUCAUAUGUGGGGAAAUCACCCAAAUCAACAAUACAGCAGUGUACAGUACUUCAACCCGCCACUGUACCAAGACUGCCAAUACAGCGAUGAGAAAAAUUCACUGACAGUGCAGCGAAUUACUCCAUCUCACUGCAGGAUCGUACGGACUCCCUCCCUAAAAGAAUACCCUAACAGAGGCUUGCUCAGGGAUGUUGUAUCAGAGGAGUUACAGUCAUGGCAUGAGAGAGCCAGGCAGAGGAAUGGACGGCCUCACUCGCUGGACAGGCAGGGUGCCUUCCGCGGACCGCGUGCUCAGGGCAGAAAUCGGGAACAGUACAUGCGCUGGCCAGCACUCCCGUUGCAGAGAUACAGAAACGGGACCCACAAUGAACCCACACUGCCCAAUUACGUUCAUGUGACUAAGGAUGGUCUUUGGAAUGUGGGUGGAAACCUGAGCACCCAGAGGAAACCCACGCGGCCAUGGGAAGAACGUAAAGAUUCCUUACAGAGAGCGGCUGGAAUCGGACCCUGGUCAGCGAUCGCUGGUGCAGUACAGCGACCGCGUUAGCCGCGCUGUGCUACUGUGCUGGCCCAACAGAUGUUGGGGCUCAAAGCAGUGCAGGCCGUUGAUGCUGUAAUUCAUUCGGUUCGAUCCAUUCUCAGCAAUAAUCAGGCAACACUACUAAUGGUUGACCAGCAGGUUUAAUUUUUUGACUAGAGCAUUAAAUUGCUACACCUGCAAAUCACCCUAAAUCAACUCAAAAAAAGUCCAAACAGAAUUCCAACAGUGAAACAUCACACUGCACUCCUGCUCUUUAGGGAACUAACCAAGGACAAUAUCAUUUUAAAUUCUGUACCGGAUAGGUACAUGUUUAAUGGUAGAACCAGUCACCUAGUUUUACCUUGCUUGCAGUAGAUUCUAACAUAGCCAAUAUGCCUUAAAAUGGUUCAUGCUGGGGCUGUUCAUUGAGCUUUGGCGCUGAUCAAGACUGAAUUGCAGCAGUAGCAGUUUAUUAUCAGUAAACUGUUGCUACAAAUUUUAAUCACCUAGUAUUUUAAUUACCUAAUUACCAGUAUUCUGAAAAUAAUAAGGCCUGAAAUCUGUCCUUGUCUCAACCACAUCCUGUUUUUGUGCCCAUGGCAACAGAUGAAAUCUCUGAGAAGCAGCUUAGGGGAGAAAGACUUGUUUGUGAACCCGAUGUUGUUUGGCAGUAUCUAGAGGCAGAGAAGAAAGAUUAGGAAUCACCGCUGACUCAGCACUUAACCAGUGAGAUCAGCAUUUGAGAUCAUCAAAUUUAUCAAGCACAUAUUCUUAGGCAACAUGUAGCAAGAAGGCUUUCUGACAGGAAGCUUCAUAUACAACAGCACUGAAUAAAGAUUCAUAUCCUAUAAUGGUAGAGGCUAAAAAUUAAUGAAUCAAGGGGUUAGGGACAGGGAUGAGGGAGAAUUAGAGGUUGGGGGCAGUCAAUGAAGAGUCUGGUGCAGGAACUGUAAUGUCUGUUGAUGCUGUGGCUAUGACUCAGUUGUUUAUGUAGGUUCAUAGGGAUGGGUUGGGGAAAUGUGCAGGGAGUUAGGGGUCAGGUUAGGAACAGGAAUGUUUUGGGGAACUGUGCAGGGAGUUAGGGGUCAGGUUAGGAACAAGGAUGGAUAGGGGAACUGUGCAGGGAGUUAGGGGUCAGGUUAGGAACAGGGAUGGAUAGGGGAACUGUGCAGGGAGUUAGGGGGUCAGGUUAGGGACAGGGAUGGAUAGGGGAACUGUGCAGUGAGUUAGGGGGUCAGGUUAGGAACAGGGAUGUGUUGAGGAACUGUGCAGGGAGUUAGGGGUCAGGUUAGGGACAGGGAUGGUUUAGGGAACUGUGCAGGGAGUUAGGGGGUCAGAUUAGGAACUGGGAUGGUUUAGGGAACUGUGCAGGGAGUUAGGGGUCAGGUUAGGAACAGGGAUGGUUUAGGGAACUGUGCAGGGAGUUAGGGGUCAGGUUAGGAACAAGGAUGGAUAGGGGAACUGUGCAGGGAGUUAGGGGUCAGGUUAGGAACAGGGAUGGAUAGGGGAACUGUGCAGGGAGUUAGGGGGUCAGGUUAGGGACAGGGAUGGAUAGGGGAACUGUGCAGGGAGUUAGGGGUCAGGUUAGGAACAGGGAUGUGUUGGGGAACUGUGCAGGGAGUUAGGGGUCAGAUUAGAAACAGGGAUGGUUUAGGGGACUGUGCAGGGAGUUAGGGGUCAGAUUAGGAACAGGGAUGGUUUAGGGGACUGUGCAGGGAGUUAGGGGGUCAGAUUAGGAACAGGGAUGUGUUGGGGAACUGUGCAGGGAGUUAGGGGUCAGAUUAGGAACAGGGAUGGUUUAGGGGACUGUGCAGGGAGUUAGGGGGUCAGAUUAGGAACAGGGAUGUGUUGGGGAACUGUGCAGGGAGUUAGGGGUCAGAUUAGGAACAGGGAUGGUUUAGGGGACUGUGCAGGGAGUUAGGGGGUCAGAUUAGGAACAGGGAUGGUUUAGGGAACUGUGCAGGGAGUUAGGGGUCAGAUUAGGAACAGGGAUGGUUUAGGGAACUGUGCAGGGAGUUAGGGGGUCAGAUUAGGAACAGGGAUGGUUUAGGGAACUGUGCAGGGAGUUAGGGGGUCAGAUUAGGAACAGGGAUGGUUUAGGGAACUGUGCAGGGCGUUAGGGGUCAGGUUAGGACCAAGGAUGGUUUGGGGAACUGUGCAGGCAGUUGGGUGUUCAAGUUAGGAACAGGGAUGAGGGAGAAUCAAAAGCAUUCAGAGGGCAGGAUAAAACACUUUGCUGUCAAAGGUCACAAUUGAAGAUAGGAUCUCAGGUCAUGUCAACAGGUGGCGAGGAGACCAAUCAUUGCAACGUCAGUGAAUCCUGAGUCAGAUGUCCGUACAAGCAGGAGUCAUGCAGGCUGGUGUCCCUCUACACCCCCCCCCCCCACCCAGUUUGGGGAAAACUUAAGUUCAGAAGUAGAAAUUAGAGGUGCUUUGCAGUUGAAGAUCAACAAUCUUGGAGAUUAGGUUGGUUAAAGCCUGAAGGUCAAUUUGACCUCUGUUAUACCACCAUGAAGAACACAUAAUGUGCUGUUCCAUGUCCACACCAUGGAAAUCCGAUCACCUGGCUGUACUUCUACUGAAUGUUUCAGGAUCAGCUUCCUUCCAUCUGCUGGCAGAUUUCUGAAUAGAUAAUGAAUCCAUAACAUUACCUCACUAUUUUUUCUCUCUUCUUGCACUACUUAUUUAAUUUAAGUUUAAAUAUAUUCUUACUGUAUUUAAUAGAUUUAUUAGUAUUAUGUACUGCAAUGUUCCUCUGCCACAAAACACCAAAUUCGAUGACAUAUGCCAGUGAUAUUAAACCUGAUUCUGAUUGGUCAGUCCUGAGACUGAGGCCUGAAGGUUAAGCCCAUGAUCAGUGAGGCCUGGUGUCAAUACCAGAAGGCAGAGAACAUAAGAAAUAGGAGCAGGAAUAGGCCCGUCGAGCCUGCUCCGCCAUUCAAUAAGAUCAUGGCUGAUCCGGCCAUGGAUUCAUCUCCACCUACCUCCAAUAUAAUCCUUAAUUCCCCUAGUAUGCAAAAACCUAUCCAAUCUUGUCUUAAAUGCAUUUGCUGAGGUAGCCUUCACUGCUUCAUUAAAGUCCAGAGGGCCAGUUGAAGGUCAAAGUCCACAGCUUGGUGAGUCUGGAGGUCGAAAGCCCAAAAUGAUGAAAGCCCAAUAUCAUCGAGUCCAGAGGUAGAGGCCUGGAGGUUGAGUCUGUGUAUUUGGGCCAGAGGCUGGAGUUCGAAGGCCUGAUAUCUGUGAGUUUGAGAGUCUGGGGCCAAGGACUGGAGGCCCAGAGGUGGCCUGUCCUGGGUUGGCAGCUUGUGUGUGUGAAGGGUUGGGCAGGUGGGGAUGGGACUUGAUUUGCUAUAGCUGUCUUUUUUUGUCCUGCUGUUGUCGUUUCCACUUGUAAUGUUCUGCGCUGUGCAUUAUGUAUCAUGUUGCUGUUGUGUUGAACACCGCAGACAUGCAACUUUUGCUGCCGGAAUGUGUAGCCACACUUGCAGACUGUACCCAGAACAUCCUCGGGUGUAGUGGUUCUUAACGCAAAUGACACAUAUCACUGUAUGUUUAGAUGUUCAUGUGAUAAAUGAAUCUGAAUCCGAAAUCAGGAGCUCAAAAUAUGUCCAUCUAAAAAUUUCUGAAAAGUUUGGUGGCUGUCUUCAGUAUUCCUUGCAGCUUUGAGAUUCCAGCCAGGUGGUAUAGUGUUUGUAGUGAACUAUAUAUACCUGUCUGGACACACCCCCCCCCGCCCCCCGCUGACUGCUCCUGUGGCUUCUCCCACAGACCCCGGUAUAAAGGCGAAUGGAGACACAGCCCCGGCCUCAGUCUCCAGGAUGUAGUGUGGUGGUCAUUUGCUGCUUGUUCUUUCUUCCAGCCAAUAAAAGCCUAUAUCUCGCCUCACGUCUCCGAGGGUUAUUGAUGGUGCAUCAAGUGGUACAGUGCUUAACGCUGCAGGGGAUAAGUUUAGUAGCAAAUUUACCUAAAGCACACCUUAGGACACUGCACUCGAGGAGAAAAUGUCCAAACCCUAGAAAAGCUGUGCAUGACGUCUGGAUCAAAGUUAGGUGUACGAACCAAUAAUACAACAUGAAUUUCAAAGCAAUGGACAGAAGAGGUACUGACCUGUGGAUAAGGUAUUUUAUUUAAACAUGCAGAAUGGUUGUGGCCUUAAAUACGAUUCUGGAGAGAUGGUGGAAGCAAAGUUAAUCAGGUCUUUCAAAAGCAACUAGAUUGGCCUAUGAAGAAAUGUCAGUUUGAGAGUAUUGUGUGAGAGCUGGGGAAUGAUUCUGCCAGGACUGAUCCACAAUGACCCGGUAAAGAUUCAGUGGAGCAUGCCACAACAAUUUAAAGGAAUAAGCAUCUAUCAUUUUGUUCCUGGUUUUGCAGAGACCCAUGCCACACUGGAUCAUAGAACGGGCACCUAAUCAGUGGUACAUGAUGGAAGAAUCAGAAGUGGCGAGCCAAUUUUGAAGCUGGAAUUUUGCAGGUUGAAAUUCCUGAUCAUCACAAUGAGCCGGAUUUUCCGUAAUAAUCAAGAGAACAAUUGUGCUUCUUGGUGAAGAAACUAUAUGUUGACCACAUUCGUCCAAAGUUUGCUUUUUACUUUCACAUACUGCUUCAGUGAUAAAACUUCCCUUCCUGACUUCUUGGCUAAAUGUCAAGAUUGCAACUGGGUUUUAUUCUAAGUAUGAACGUUCACAGCUAUUUAAAUGGCAUAGCUUUCCCUCUGGAAUGGUGUUCCUGCUGAUCAUUUAUAGUUGUACUGCAUUCCAGUUUGGUGCCAACUUUACCGAAAUAUUCAACAGAUAGAGGCGGCACCUACUGGCCAUCAGCACAGAUGAUGCAAUUCUUUCUCUGUGCAUGCUAACGCUUCUUAAAAUUAUUCUUAUUUAUGGUUUUCUUUAUUACCUUAUUUACGACUGUUUAAGUUUAAUGAGUGACACAUUUCUUUCAUAAAGUUGCUAUUCACUUUAUGAAAUAUAUUGAAAGAAUAGUGAAAUAUUCUAUAGAUAGAAAUACAAUUAUGUUUAACAAUAGAUAAUUGACCAAUACAAUAUUACUGGUAAGUGUGCAAUGUCAAGACUGUUAUAAAUUUAUAAUUUCACCACAGAAAACAAUAUCUCAUCAAAAGCCUUGCAGGGUUUGCCAAAGACAACUUAUUUUUAACUGAGAACCACUGUAGAAUUCAUAAUAGGCAUGGAUUUACCCCAAGUCCUUUCACUGCUCUCAAUUGAACAUACUCUUGUUCUGAGUUAAGGGACAGAUUUGAUUUCCCAGUUUUUUGGGGGGUGCAGCAAUGAAGUGAAACAUGGAACCUGAAAGUAACCUGAAUUUAGUCAGUGCAGCCAAAUUUAAUCACUGAGGAAUAUCGAAAGUUUAAUGUUUUUGUUAAAGUGACUGUGAAUUCUAUCAUUGUGCAUUGAAAUCUUACGAAACAACUUCUGCUUCCAGAUUAGAAUUUAAUAAGAAUUAACCGUCUUCCAACAAACUAAAGUUCAUGUUUUUAUUAAAUACAGGGAAAAUUAGACUCCACAAUACAAGAACAGUUAAUUAUUUGUAACAUUAAGAACUAAUAUAAACCCAAAAUAUUGAACGAGUCUUUUCAAAAUCCCAUCCCAAUAGAGAAGAAAGAUUUUUUUUUGUAAUUUAUUGUACUGUUGAUGGAAAAUUUAACUGGUGCAUUAGAAAUUUCAAUUCAUAUAGAAUCCUGAACUAGAAAUGAGACUCAACGUGGCUCAUUGGGGCCAGAUGAAGAAAUAGACAACAAACCAAGGAGAAAAUGCCAGGAAGUUGUCCAUAGUUUCUGUAAAAAACAUGGAUUUUAAGUGUUCUAAAUAAGGGAAAGAGAAAGAUUGAUGUGGAGGUGAGGGAUGAAAUUACAAAACAUGGUCAUCAUCAUUAUGUGCCACAUGGUCGACCAUGGUCUUGACUAUGACUGUUAGCAAUUUUUUCCACAACAGUGGUUUACCAUUGCCUUCUUCUGGGCAGUGUCUUUACAAUAUGUGUAAGCCCCAGCCAUUAUCAAUACAUUUCAGAGAUUGUCUGCCUGGUGUCAGUGGGCGUAUAACUUGUGAUAUGAACCAGCUGCUCAUACGACCAUCCACCACCUCCUCCCACGGUCUCCUGUAACCCUGGUCGGGGGGCUAAGCAGAUGCUACACCUUGCCCACGGGUGACCAGCAGGCUAUCGGAGGGAAGAAGUGCCUUACACCUCCUUUGGCAGAGAUGUAUCUCCACCCCACCAUCCAAACAAAAUACAGUAACCAUGCAAUUGAAGACACAACUAUCAAUAUGAUUGAAAGGAAGUACAGUAAUUGGGAGUGAAAAGGCAAAAAGAAAGUGAUUGGAGAGUUGGGUAAUCUUAUUAGUAUAAAUGGAAUCGGUCACAGAGAAAAGGGAA